UUAGUUUUGGCUACUGCGCGUGCGCAAUUUUUGGGGCGUUUAGCCCCACCCACAACGUGAGCCACUCCUCCAUUUUGCUUCUACAAAGAGUCAAGAUUUCUCCAAAUGGCUUCACCAGAAGAGAAGGACAACAUGCAACAAGCCAGCAGGCCUGGUAGCUAUAGAAAGCCACUGAGGCUAACUUUAGCUGAUGUCUAUGACCUUGGAAAGAGCAUAGCUCAAGAUAUACAGCGAGCAAGCUCGUCCCAAAGCGAUGAGACACUGAAAGGGAUAAUAGAGAGGGUCGUGAGAGCUUUAGAGUGGCUGGAGACGUACGUGGAGGAGGCAGAAGAGCUAAGGAGCGCAAACUACAGGCUAAUGCUCAAAGCUGAUGAGCUGGCUCGUGAAAAAUCCAGACGCAAUGCUUUGGAGCAAGAAUUAAAAGGAAUGCAGUGUGUUGCUGAAGAAAGAGGAAGACAGCGGGACACACUUGGCCUGCGUGUCUCUGAGCUGGAAUCACAGAAUGCAAGCUACCAGCAAAGGCUGGAGCUGAUUGAGCAGGAUAGGGCUCUUGCUUUAAGGAGACAGAAAUAUAAUUCAACAGUACCUUUGGAGAAAGAUGAAGGAGAUGAUGGCCAUAGCAAUGUUAGCAACAGCACAGCAGACACAAUUCAGUCAGAUUAUGUAGCUCGAUCAAAAUCCCUUGACAGACGUGAAGCAAAGAAAUUAAAAGGGAGCUCUAGUUCAAGUAGUAAAUUGAGAGACAAGGGAUUCAUCAUCACUCAAUUGAAUAAAGAAUUGGGACACGAAAAGAAGAAAGUGACUGAGUUAAAGGAAUCUCAUUCACUAGAGCAGAGGAGAGUCAAGCAGAGAGUGGCUCACAUGGAACAAGAGAUCAUAACACUAAAGAAACAGCUAGGCAGUGCACAGCAAAUGAUUGAUAAAUUAAAUGAUGAGAAGAUUGCCUUAAUGGAAAGGAGUGAAGUCGUGACGGAAGUUAAAGCCAUAACCCUUGCCACAGUUGCUCGUGGCACAUUGGUACAACACAAUAACGGUGAUUGCUCAUUCGAUGAUAGAGGAGAUUCAUCUGCUCCGAAAUUCUACAAGAAAGACUUAAUGAUGAUCCUGCAGGACAGAAACGAACUGAAAGAGAAAGUAUCAAACUUGCAAGAUGAAAUAUCAACACUAACAAAGAGAUUAGAACAAUAUGAGGUUGUUACGCCAAGAAAUUCAAGAGGUCACUCACCAGCAGGGACACCUACAAUAAGGAGAUCAAGGACUAUCACACCAAUUAGUAUUACUGAAAGACUUGUCGAUUCUAUGAUAAUACUUGAUGUAUCACCAAACCAUCUUUCUCCAGCAACCAGCAAGAGUUAUCAAACUCUACCAACCAUGCACAGUUCUAGGAGCUCCCACAGUAUCAAUAGCAAGAUGAGCAACUUAGAUCACAGUGGAGAACAACUCUCUUCAUCAGGAGGGAAAGAAAGAGAGGAGAGUUACGAGACAUCGUCUGAAACUCAAGAAGAUAAACCAAUUCCAUCAAUUGAACUGUCGACAUCUUUAUAAGUAAAACUUAUUAUAUGAUAUUGUAAACUGCAUGUGAGAGAGUUGUCUGAAACUGUGAAUCUUUGGCAUUUUCGUAAUAGUUACAUGUUAUACUUUAGCGUCACCAUGAAAUUUAAUCAAUCACCUAAUUACUCUAUACUCAGUUACUAUUGUUACUAUGAUACAUUUGAUGUUAA